AUGCUGAGCCCACACGUGCUCGAUUGCCCCGCUGUGAUUUUCGACAAUGGGUCCGGGCUCUGCAAGGCAGGCCUGUCGGGAGAGAUCGGACCUCGACACGUCAUCAGCUCCCUCAUCGGGCAUCCCAAACUCAAGGUGCCUUCGUCUGGAGUCCACCAGAAAAAGUACUUCGUGGGGGAGGAAGCGCUUUACAAGACCGACUGCCUAGACCUCCACUACCCCAUCGAGCGCGGCCUGGUCACGAACUGGGACGACGUGGAGAAGCUGUGGAGACACCUGUUUGAGUGGGAGCUGGGCGUGAAGCCCAGUGACCAGCCCGUGCUCAUGACCGAGACCUCCCUGAACCCCCGGGAGAACCGCGAGAAGACAGCAGAGAUUGUGUUUGAGACGUUCAACGUGCCUGCCUUCUACCUGUCGGACCAAGCAGUGCUGGCCCUCUACUCCUCGGCCUGCAUCACAGGCCUGGUGGUGGACAGCGGGGAUGGGGUCACCAGCACGGUCCCCAUCUUUGAGGGCUACUCCCUGCCCCACGCCGUCAACAAGCUCUAUGUGGCCGGGAAGGACAUCACGGAGCAACUCACCCAGCUGCUCCUGGCCAGCAACUGCACCUUCCAGCUGACGCUGUACAAGACCCUGGUGAACGACAUCAAGGAGAAGCUCUGCUACGUGGCCUUGGAGCCGGACACGGAGCGGUGCAAGAAGCCGGAGGAGGUGCUGAAGGAGUACCGGCUGCCUGACGGGAACAUCAUCCACCUGGGCAGCCAGCUCUGCCAGGUGCCCGAGGCCCUCUUCACCCCCGACCUGCUGGGCAUCUACAGCCCGGGUCUCCCCAAGAUGGUCUCGAGCAGCAUCAUGAAGUGCGACGGGGACAUCCAGAAGUUGCUCUUUAGAGAGAUCGUGCUUUCCGGUGGUUCCACGCUCUUCCUAGGACUCGAUGACCGGCUCCUCCGGGAGCUGGAGCAGCUGGCUACCAAGGGGACCCCCAUCAAAAUCACCGGCCCCCCUGACAGGUGGUUCUCCACAUGGAUCGGUGCCUCCAUCGUCACCUCGCUGAACAGCUUCAAGCAGAUGUGGGUCACCGCGGCAGAUUUCAAGGAGUUCGGGACAUCGGUGGUUCAGAGGAGGUGCUUUUAG